GAUAGAGAAUAGGAGGAAACGCAAAGGCAUCCUCGAUCCAAUGGCAGCGGUCUCCUCCUGGGGCUUCGCCAGAGCCCUAGCCAGCUCCCAUGCCUCCUGCUUCAUCCUGCCACAUCCAAGAACAGCAUUAGCUUCAGCUUGCUCCCAUUCUAUCAAGAUGUGCGCUUCUCCAGCCUCGACUUCAGAGGCAAAGAAGACUAUUUGGGUGUGGACAACAAACCGGCAGGUGAUGACAGCAGCCGUGGAGAGGGGCUGGAGCACUUUCCUCUUUGGAUCCAAAGAUCUUGGCAAGGAUUGGUCAUCAACUGCUCGCAUCAAUCCUCUUUUUAUUGAUGGCCUGGAGAUAUUUGACGAGGAAAAACAAAAGGUUGCUGUAAUUUCCGAAGUAUCUUCCCCAAGAGAGCUGGAACUCAUACAACCAGACAAUGUGGAAGUACAAAACAUUGUGAUAGAUUUCCGAGGUGGAUGGCAGGUUAUACCAGCAGAAAAUAUAGUUGCUGCAUUCCAGGGAUGUAGGGGAACAGUUUUAGCUGUUUCAACAAACGCAACUGAGGCUCAAGUUUUUCUUGAGGCCUUGGAGCAAGGGCUUGAUGGAGUUGUACUUAAAGUAGAGGACAUGGAUGAUAUUAUCAAACUCAAGGAUUAUUUUGACAGAAGGAACGAGGCAAAGAGCCAGUUACUUUUGACAAAGGCUACUGUUUCAAAGGUUGAAGUUGUUGGCAUGGGUGAUCGUGUUUGUGUGGAUCUUUGCAGUAUGAUGCGACCUGGUGAAGGCCUUCUGGUUUGUGUUGGCUCCUAUGCAAGAGGAAUGUUUCUUGUUCACUCUGAAUGCUUGGAGACAAAUUACAUUGCAAGCAGGCCUUUCAGGGUUAAUGCGGGGCCUGUUCAUGCAUAUGUUGCAGUCCCUGGUGGCCGAACUAGCUAUCUCUCAGAGCUGCAAUCAGGUCGGGAAGUAAUUGUUGUUGAUCAAAAUGGUUUGUGGCGCACUGCAAUUGUUGGUCGUGUUAAGAUUGAAUCAAGACCUUUAAUCCUUGUCGAAGCAAAGGACAAUUGCGGGGCUGAUACUUACAGCAUUUUCCUGCAGAAUGCAGAGACAGUUGCACUUGUCCCUCCUGAAAAAGGAUCUAAUGGAAGAACUGCUAUACCUGUGACUUCACUGAAAGUUGGUGAUGAAGUUUUGGUGAGGAAACAGGGCGGUGCCCGUCACACUGGAAUAGAGAUUCAGGAGUUUAUUGUUGAGAAAUGAGAGGCCACAACAGUUAACCGGUAGCAGCCCAGCACUGCUGUUUUUAUUCUCCUCCAGAAACAAAUCUUUUGCUAAUUCAUGAAAAUGAAAUUUCACGCUAACUUUUGACCAGGAGCUAUCUGAAUCAUUAAUUCAUUGACUUCCGAGCAAUGGGCAUAUGUACAUAACUUUUUAAGUCAAGUGCGAAGUUUCAAUUUAAGAUGUGGAUUGAUCUGAUGGGUAUCAUUAUCUGGUUAAAUCACAUCAUUACGCUAUGGUAGUCUGUCUUGUUCAGCUGCUAUGUCUGUCUUAACCCGUACCUGGCUAUCUCUUUCUGGAAAAGAAUUCCGUCAGAAUGUGUUCAAAUGGAGCUGUCAUAUGUUACUAGAGAAGACCAUG